AUGAGCAAUUGCAAUGCAUGCAAAAAGAAUGUAAAAACCACAGAAAGUAUAAUGUGCACCCAAACAACGUGUAAUAAGCUAUACCAUUAUCUGUAUGUGGGCUUAAAGGCUGACAACUUUAAAAAAAAUGUAUCCUGGAAGUGCCCUAGUUGCAAAGCCAAACAACCAAAGGGAAACAAUAGCGUCACACCCGUAAGGGUUAUGCAGUGUUCGGAUGACGAGGAUGGAGCAGAAAGCAGGGAUGAUUACGUAAUGACUCGACGUCGUCGUCCGCGUUCUCCGGACUGCUUAAAUCCCUUCGACUCAGAGUUUACUAACAAAAUGCGCAAAGAUAUAUUGGAUAUAAUUAGGAAUGAAGUGCCUAGUAUUAUUAAAGAUCUAAUCUGCAAAGAAUUCCGAGCUAUUAGGGAUAACAUCAGUGAACUAGAAAAAUCAAUAAAAUAUAUCGGUGACAAGUACGAUGAUAUAAUGAAGUCCAUAUCCGUAGCAUCUGAGGACACCAAGUGCUUAAAAACAGAAAACUCCUCUCUCCGCAGCGAUUUUAAGGAUAUGCAGAAAAAGAUCUCGACAAUCGAGCACGAUUUUGCUAAGCAAGAACAGUGGGUCCGUCAGCAAAACGUGGAAAUUGUAGGAGUAACAGAAAAAGCAAGGAAUGUCUCAUAG